UUCAGUAUGUGUGUGAUUUCUCCACGGACCAGUAGUGUUCACGAUGGAGUUAAUGCCUUUAAGUUUUAUCUAUGUUACCGUAAGUCACGUUUAGUCACGUAACUAAAAGGUACCGUAUAUAAAUUUAAUUGCUUAACUUGCCAAUUAGAUGAGCCGAUUACCCAAACAGCUAUAAAUAAUGUUAUGUGGGUUAGCCCAGCGCUUGUAUCCAUGGUGAAAACAAUCAUGCUUCAAAAAACUUUAACAAAGAGAAUUACAAACGUCCAUAAAUCCUGGUUCUUGUUUUUCUAGAAGAGUCCAGCAGGAGAGAGCAGACUCCCCUGGACCAAGCUGUGUCUCCAUGAAGAGUGACUGGUCUAUGGCUAAUCCUCUUAACUUUAAAGAUGGGAAUCCGUCUAUUGAGAAGAGACAAUACCAGAAGAGGUCAAAGGUUACCAGUGGUCAUUCUGAACAGCAUGAUCAAACAGAGCAAACCUCCAAGAGUGUUCUUCCUGCAGAACCUGCAGAACAUCCUUCUCUGGCUAGAUUCAAGAAUACUUUGAAGAUAAAGACCCAGCGUGUGUUUGAGGGAUUAGUUCAACCAGGAAAUCAAACACCUCUGAACGAGAUCUACACAGAGCUCUUUAUCAUAGAGGGAGGCAGUGGAGAGGUCAACAAGGAGCAUGAGGUCAGACUGAUUGAAAAAACGUACAGGAAACCAGCCAAAGAGGAAAAAACAAUCAAAUGUGAAGACCUCUUUAAAAUCAUACAUGGACAAAAAAAACAGAAGAUCAGAACAAUAUUGACAAUUGGAGUUGCAGGCAUUGGUAAAACCAUCUUGACACAAAAGUUCACUCUGGACUGGGCUGAAGGCAAAUCCAACCACGACAUACACUUCACAUUUCCCUUACCAUUCAGAGAGCUGAAUUUAUUAAAAAAUAGAAAGUUCAGCUUGGUGGAACUACUUCAUUACUUCUUUAUUGACACCAAACAAGCAGGAAUCUGCCAAAACUACCAGCACCAAGUUGUCUUCAUCUUGGGUGGUCUGGAUGAGUGUCGACUUCCUCUGGACUUCAAGAACAACGAGAUCUUGACUGAUGUCACAAAGUCCACCUCGGUGGACGUGCUGCUGACAAACCUCAUCAGGGGCGACCUGCUUCCCUCCGCUCGUAUCUGGAUAACCACACGCCCGGCGGCAGCCAAUCAGAUCCCUGCUAACUGUGUUGACAUGGUGACAGAGGUGAGAGGGUUCACCGACCCACAGAAGGAUGAGUACUUCAGGAAGAGAUUCAGAGAGGAGAAGCUGGCCAGCACAAUCAUCUCCCACGUCAAUAAAUCACGAAGCCUCCACAUCAUGUGUCACAUCCCACUCUUCUGUUGGGUCACUGCUACAGUUGUGGAGGACUUCUUCAGAUCAUCCAGGAGAGGAGAAAGGAUACCUAAUACCCUGACUCAGAUGUAUAUCCACCUCCUGAGGGUGCAAUCCAUAAAAGGGGACAGGAAGUAUCAUUGGAGAAAAGAUCUGCAUUUAGAGAGUACUAGAGCGAUCAUUGUUAUUCUGGGAAAACUGGCUUUUUCCCAGCUGAAGAAAGGCAACCUGAUCUUCUACGAGGCAGACCUGGCCGAGUGCAACAUUCCUGUCAAAGCAGCCUCAGUGUACUCAGGAGUGUUCACCCAGAUCUUUAAAGAGGAUUAUGAGCUGAACCAUGACAAGGUGUUCUCCUUUGUCCAUCUGAGCAUCCAGGAGUUUCUGGCUGCCCUUCAUGUCUUUCUGUCCUUCAAAAGUGGUGUCAAUCUGCUCUCAGAAAAACCACCAGCCUCUGAGGCAAAUGAUCUCCUGCUCCUCUGCCAGAGUGCUGUGGACCAGGCCUUACUGAGUGAGAACGGACACUUGGACUUGUUCCUCCGCUUCCUCCUGGGCCUCUCUCUGGAGACCAAUCAGAUUCUCGUACAAGGCCUGCUUGGACCGACAGGAAGCAUCCCAGAGACCAAUCAGGGAAUUGUCAGUUACAUCAAGGAGAAGAUAAGUGGAGAUCUUUCUCCAGAGAGAAGCAUUAAUAUGUUCUUCUGUCUAAAUGAGCUGGGGGACCGUUCUCUAGUGGAGGAGAUCCAGCAGUACCUGACAUCAGGAAGUCUCUCCAGAAAAUCUCUCUCCCCUUCUCAGUGGUCAGCUCUGGCCUUCAUCCUACUGUCAUCAGAAGUGGACGUGUUUGACCUGAAGAACUACUCUGCUUCAGAGGAGGGUCUUCUCAGGCUGCUGCCAGUGAUCAAAGCCUCCAAAACAUCUCUGCUGAAUGGCUGUCAUAUGUCCGAAAGAUGCUGUGAAGCUCUGGCUACAGCUCUCAGCACCAGCUCCUCCAGUCUGAGAGAACUGGACCUGAGUUCCAAUGAUCUGCAGGAUUCAGGAGUGAAGCUGCUCUCUGCUGGACUGGGGAGUCCACACUGUAGACUGGAAACUCUCAGACUGAAAGGCUGUCAUCUGUCCGAGAGAUGCUGUAAAGCUCUGGCCUCAGUUCUCAGCUCCAGCUCCUCCAGUCUGAUAGAGCUGGACCUGAGUAACAAUGAUCUGCAGGAUUCAGGAGUGAAGCUGCUCUCUGCUGGACUGGGGAGUCCACACUGUAGACUGGAAAGUCUAAGGCUGACUGGCUGUAAUCUGUCAGAGAAAUGCUGCAGAGCUCUAGCCUCAGUUCUCAGAUCCAACUCCUCCAGUCUGAGAGAGCUGGACCUGAGUACCAAUGAUCUAAAGGAUUCAGGAGUGAAGCUGCUCUCUGCUGGACUGAGGAGCCCACAGUGUACACUGGAAACUCUCAGGUUGUCUGGCUGCUUGGUCACACAGGGAGGCUGUGAUUCUCUGGCCAGGGCUCUGAGCUCUAACCCCUCCCACCUGAAAGCGCUAGACCUGAGCUACAAUUUUCCAGGAGAAUCAGGAUUCAAGCUGCUCUCUGCUGGCCGGGAGGAUCCAUCCUGGAAACUUGACAUUCUCAGAAAGAUGAACUGUGAAGAGGGAGUACUGAAACCAGCCCUACAGAAGUAUGCCUGUGAUCUCACACUGGACCCAAACACGGCCAACAGCCGACUUUCUCUUUCUGGGGACAGAGAGGCGACGCUUGUUGAAGAGUAUCCUGAUCACCCAAAGAGAUCUGAUACCUUGAGACAGGUGUUGUGUAGAGAGGUUCUGACUGGCCGCAGUUACUGGGAGGUAGUUUGCAAAGGAGAUGUUUCGAUAGUUGUGACCCACAGAGGAAGAAUCACCAGGAGCCGAGAGGGCUAUGACAACAGGCUUGGAUCCAACAACAAGUCCUGGAGUCUUGAAUGUCAUGGUGAUCGUUACUGUGCCUGUUACAACGGUAGAAAAACAGACAAACGUCUCCUGCCCGCUGGCUCUAAGAAAGUAGGAGUGUAUCUGAACCGGCUUGCUGGCACUCUGUCCUUCUACAGAGUGUCCCCAGGUGUUGUUGGGUCUAAAGACACACUGACACACAUCCACACCUUCGAGUCCACAUUCAACCAGGACCUCUACGCCGGGUUUGUUUUAUUGUGCACUGGUUCCUCAGCGACCAUAUGUAAGCUGUAGUAACACACACAGAUUCUCCUAGCUGUGUUAAAGUGUCCCUGAGCACUUAACCCUAACUGCUAACUUUGGAUAAAAGCUAUUACCGUUACAGGGAGGUAGACAGGAAGGCAGGCAGCGUUACAGCUAUUCUGGAGGACUUAGGGCCCUAUCUUGCAUCCGGCGCAAGUGACUUAGUCACUGGCGCAUGUGUCGUUGCUAGUUUACAACUGGCGCAGAGCGUUCUUUUCCCACCAGCGCCACUCGCCGGUAAAUUAG